AUUCGAUACCACAAAAUAAUUGAUAAUAUCGUCAAUUUUGAGAUAUAUCAUCUUACAGCGAGUGUGAUCGGUGUCGUUUUAGUUUAUUAUUUGGUUUAUUCUGUACCCGUUUAAAGCGAAGCUAUGUGCGCGCUGAGCUACACUUACUGCCGAUGAAUGCCGAACUUUUAAUUCAACAAUGUAAUCGCUAGGAAUUUGCCGAGUGACAUUACGGGUCCACUAAUGGUGGACAAGUUCAAAAAUGGUACACUGUAUGGAACGUAAAUUGGGCAGUCAAUAAUUUGUAAAAAUUCAUUAUGGGAUCUGCAUCGUCUGCAGCUUCAACCACUUUUCUGGAGGAUGGGGAAGAAAGGAAUGCAAAACAGGAAAAUAUCAAUACCACGAAGUCAUCUUUAGAUGAAACUAACUUAAAAGAAGAACAUCACAGCCAUGCAUGCAUAUCACGUACGUCCAUUGAUUCAAAUAACUCGGACGUUAAUGCAACUAUUCUGUCUAAACGUACGUCUGAGGAAUCAUCAUUAGAUUCGGACACUGACAUUUCCAUCGACAGUGACAGCGAGGAUGACUUUGUUACGGUUACGGUAGAUUACAAUGCAUUCAAGGAAGAAACUUUUGAGCGUUUAAAAAUGUCUGCUAAAGUUCUACACGACACAAGAUCUGAAAUUUCCGCAAAAGAUAACAGGGUUCAAGAGUUGAUUUUUAUAUAUAAGCUCUAUUUUGAUGUAGAAAAAAAGGUUUUGAAAGACCACUUUAUGAAAAAUAUCAAAAAGAACUAUGUAAUGUUUUGCUGCAACUGGAUGUAUUGAACAUGUUGACAGAAAUACUCGAAGGAGUAACAAAAGAUGCCGAUGUUGAUGCCGUAACAAAUGAACACAUCCAAGUCAUGAGACUAGUGAUGGGAAUUCUCCAUAACUGUACAGACAUAUCAGAUGAAUUUGCAAUUGCAGUUGCUAAGACGAAAGUGCUUGAGAUGACCAAAAACAUACUUGAUACAAACUCCAACAACAACAAUCAAAAUGACAGGCUGGAGGCUGUUAUAACAAACUGCCAUGGCAUCGCUCAUAACGUUUCGAUGAGAGAAAAGAAUGUGGAGCGUCUAAGAAACCUUGAUUUCGUCACUACGGUAGCCCCCUAUCUUAAAUCUAAGGAAGCAAUGAUUCGAAUAUCAGCACUUGCAACAUUGGCAAAUAUUGUCACAGAGAAGGAAUGUCUAAUCAUAGGCAAUCAUAUUCUUGUCGUGGCUCAACUAUUGAUGCUUUUGAACGAAGGUAUGGCAACUGAAAGUCGUAGAUGCAACGGCUGGUCAUGCAAGGAGUGCGCAUUAGCUAUACGGCAGCUUGCUAGAAACGAUGCCAAUAAACAACUGCUGAAUGAGUUGAAAGCACUCCAGUCAUUAAUUGAAUUAGCAAAAUCUAAGGAUAAAGAGGAACAGAUUGAAAGUCUACUCGCAAUUUUAGCUUUGUCUUUUAACGACAACAUUCGAGCUGAUAUGACGAAAACAUCAGAACUUGGCGUAGUUGAUUUAUUAUUGGAUCUCAAAGAGUCAUCUGAUGACCAAAAGAUUAAAAGUGCCUGCGAAAAGACAUUGUGGAAUCUAAAGGAUGAUUUGUUAUUGUCUCCAAUCCCUUCUUACAAGAAAGCAGGUGAACGUAUGCAAAAGAAGAAUGAUCCCGAUACAAAUACAGGACAUAUUAUGAUAUCAUACCAGCGUAAUGACAGGAAAUUUCUUCUUACUAUCAGAGACAAGUUGAAGGACAGUGGGUUUAAGGUAUGGAUGGAUGUGGACAAAAUGGGUGGAUGUGUAUACGAAACGAUGGCAGAUGCUGUAGAAAAUGCAAGCAUUUUUCUGAUGUGCUAUUCAAGAAAGUAUAAGGAAAGUGAUAAUUGCCAGUAUGAAGCUAAAUAUGCACACAAGAAAAAGAAAACAGUUAUUCCCCUUAAAAUGGAAAGAGAUUAUGAUCCAGACGGCUGGCUUGGACUUCUUCUGAAAUCGGACUAUUUUCUUGAGUUUUCUGGAAAAUAUGACACUGAAGACAAGUUCAAAGAACUGCUCGCCCGAAUCAAGACACUUUGGUCCCAUGGACAGGACAUAGUUGAUACACCUGUGAUUGAAAAGGAGCAACAACCCGUAUUAGCUAAGACGAUAGACGAAGUAGACGCACCUCCAAAAAUAGGACCAAAUAAAUUUGAAGAAAGACGGAAUAUUCCUUAUUCUGCUAGAAUCAACAUUAUAAAGGGAUGGAACCAACAAGAUAUUAAUAAAUGGCUUGAAAGCAAUAACUUGAAAAAUCAAGGUAUAGACAAGAUCACAGCUUUGGAAAUUUCCUUGAUGGCAAGGAUGUUGAUUGAAGUUCCAGAACAGCUCUAUGAAUGUUUAAGACAGGACCUGAAGAUCAAGACAUUAUCGACAAAGGCGAAGAUCGUGUGGGCUCUAGAUGACUUAGUGCACACGGAAGAUGAUAAACUAUAGACAAUCAUUCUGAAAGUGAAUAUUUUAAGGCCCACGGCAAUGUCCGUGCGAUUACGUAUUCUUACUAGGCAAUUCGGUUUUCUUCGGACUUAAAUUUAGCUGAACGCGCACGUGGUUCUCCGUAAAAGACCGGAAAAUGCCGAACUCUGAUACGGAAAUAACGUAAUUUGACGAUUGUCAUUACAGGUCAACUAACAUAAGUAUUUAGAAAUUGUGUUAUCUACAUCUGAAUUAGGUAUAUAUGUAUUGUAUUUAUUUCAGUGUCCAUGGGAUUAUUUUAGUUGAUAAUUUCAGACGUGAAGUGAACAUUUCACUUUUAAUAUUUAAUUUUGUCAUUCAGUAGACAGCUGUUGUUGGGACUGGUAGUUUAUAAGAUGGUUAACGCUCGCUUUGUCUAUUUUAUUUUUGUAAUCAUAAUUCUAAUCCAAGGUUGAAGGGAUAGAUAUCGGCCUAUUGCUGUUUGUCUGUUGUUGUUGUUGUUUUUUUUUUUUUGUUUUUUUUGUUUGUUUUUUUUUUUUGUAUUUUUUUGCUUCAUUACAUUAUGAGGAAAUCAAAAACUUUUGAGUGUAGAUAUAUCUUAACCAAUCAUUCUGUUUCAAUUUACACAAUCAGAUGUGAUACAUAUUAGUCAGAGCUAGGAAAAAUGAACGGGGUCUGUAUUACACCCAGUUACAUACAUUGUUGGGAUUAAGAAGACAUAGUGUGGUAAUUUGUUAUAUUUACACUGUCUUACAUAUGAUUAAUAUGUGGUUGAAAUCAGUGUCGACAUUUUUAACUUGUGUGUUUAUUGAUGUGAUUAUUCUAUUUACGUUAGUUGUCCACUUUUUCUUAAAAAUGUAUAUUUUUCAGGCCAUAAUUGAGUGUUGGUUAGUUAUCGGAAUCAUUUGUAUGUUAGAAAUAGCACUUUGUUUAGUUUAUUUGCAAUUGGGCCUGCUUUGUUACCACAUAGAGUAUGGGUAUAUACCAUUAAUCCACUGAGUUUUUUUUUGUUUUUGUAUUUUUACACAUUUUAUUCUUUCUUUUUUGACAAUAAAAACAUAAUAUUAUACAAUGCGCAUGUAUUGCAGAUACACAAAACACUUAAAACUGAGACUAACACAAAACACUUAAAACUUGAGAAAGGCAUAUGCGUUUUACCACAAGUUCAUCUAACAUCAGCGAUUUGGUCCGCCCCCGAAGUUGUAUUUGAAACGAAAAUUUACCGCUUUUAAUCUCAAUAUUUGUAAAGGAAAAAUGAAUUUAUACGAUACAAUAUAUAAAAUAAAAUAGCAUGUACAUGCCAUUUGUAGAAUUAUGCUUACAUAAAUGUCAAGUACAUCAAUCAACUUCAUUUAAAAUGCUCUUGACUUCAGCGCAGUUUUAUGGAUACCCUAAAAAUGAUAUCCCACUCUUUUCUUUUAGUUAUAGUUCGUAUUUACGAUAUAAUACCUAAAACAAAGAUGUUAAAUAUCAUUUUAUGGACUCCGUACAAUUGAAUGGUUGCAAUUUUAGUUUUCGAUUGCAUGUGUUAUGUAAUAGUUUACGUUUUCUGUUUAAUUCAUAACCUUGUUUUUCAUGGAUUUCUUUUCUUUUGAUGAUAAUCGUUUUUGACGAAAAAAAAACUGUUUGUCUUAGGGAAAUAAGACUAGAACGAAGAAAUUCUUAUAGUCUAUUGCGCAACAUAUACACUACGUUUGAACUGGAAUUUCUUUCAUAACGAAUAAAACGAGUAACUCAGAUUGGCUCUAAGAAUAUGCAAAGAAAAAGCUAGUGUAUGAAUGUUAUUAUUACAGAGGUCAGUAAAAUUAAUCAUUUCAAUCAUGUACCAGCUGUUUUCAUAAAUAUCUGCCUGCAUGGAACAUGAAUUUUUGCGUUAUACUAUGUUAGGUGUACUAACUAUAAAUACAGUCUUGGAUUGUGUUGAUCGCGUCUGCAUACAGAAGACAAAAGUGUUAUAAUAAUUCAUGCAAGUCUCCCGAUACUGAAAAAUGCUCAAGGAACGCGCUGUACAAAUCUUUUUGUUAAUAUGUAUUAUAAUGCACCAUAUGAAAUUCAAAGAGUGGCUUGCUACAGGAGUAAGUUUCACGGCAGAGGUAAUCGCAAAAUAUGAGAAUGGUUGUAAAGGCAAUUCCUAUCACCAAUCCGAAUAUUCACAUAAAAAGAUUGUAUCCUGUGUGGAUGUCUUUUUCAGUUGGUUGAAUGAACCAAUUACAAAAUGGUUUUUAUUUUUAGAGAAAAGAGAUUACCGUAAAUUCAAAGAUCCUUGAAGAAAACUUCCAAUAUAAUAUAAAUCUGGGGUACGUAUAUUAAAAAGCUGGUGAUAAUGAUUAAAUUAGUAUACGUGCAAGUAAACCACAUCUUUCAAUAAUUGAUUUUAUUGAAAUUUGUAUCAUUUAUUUAUACGAAACUACAGCAUAUAUGUAAUGCCUAUUUAAUAAAUCAGAAGUGAAUAACAUUUCUUCAUUUUGAAGUCGAGAAAUAAAUAAAAACUUCUUAACAUAGAGUUUACUUCAUUUUUUUUGAUUGGGAACGACUAAAGACGUUUAUAAUUGAGAAAUGUUAUUUGGUAGUAAAGUGCAUGGGGUCUAGACAUUUACCUGUCACGCAAUGUUAUCUCGAGCGCUCGACAUCUUGUAUCGGGCGUAUGACAUCUUUUAUCGAGGGCAAGACUGCUUAUUUUGAUGGCACGACGUCUUAACCCAGCCAUCAUGACUAUAUCGACCCGAUAUAGGUAUAAUGUCGGAAUGUCGGCAAAAUGUGCCGGUGUAGGGCGACGUUGGGCCGUUGUAGUGCCGCAAAAUAUUGAAAUCGGUAGAUCGACAUCAAUCAGUGUAACUAUUUCGUACGUCGGAUUGACAUCGGGCCGAUAUUGGAUUCUCUAAUAUGACUAUAUUUUUCAAAAUAUUAUUGAUAAACAUGAAAAAGUAAUCUAAUUGUUUAUAUGUGCUAAGCAAAUAUGAUGUAUGCAAGAAUUAAUCAAAAAAGAUUCCAAACAAAAUCUGUAGACGGUAUUUAUCAAAAUUUUAUAUAAUAAAGAGAGGUAAUGAUUAAGAUGCAUUUUUAUUUUUAUGUAAAAUGCCGCCAUAGACAUAUUUAUAUUUACAAUAUGUUUAAAAUGCUAACUGAACAGUUUCAAUAGUGUUUAGAAUAUAAAGAAAGCUUACGUAACUGAAUAAAACAUGCAGUAUAUAAAUGUGAAAAUUAUAUCAAUAAAAUCAAAUAAGCAUCAUACACAUGAUGCGAGACACAUCAGUAUUCAAGAAAAAUACUCUGAGAUAUAAAGAGUAUAUUUUAAGAAAACUUUGAUAAAGCACUGCGUGUCACACUAAUUCACAACCACGAUAUGAUCUGCUAAUAUCGGGCAAAUAUCAUUUUGAUGUUGGCCAAAUAUCGUUUGCCAAUAUCGGACAAACGUCAUUAUGAUGUUGGCCCGAUACCGUCUGCCGACGUCGGGCCGACAUCAUUCCUAUUUGCAGCUGAAAUUGAAGCCGAUAUCGGGCCGUUAUAAACAACGACGUCGGUUUGAUAUCAGGCCGAUAUAGAAUGCUGGCUGGGUUAACUCGAGCGCAUGACACCGUAUUACGAGUACACGACAUUUUAUUUCGAUCAAACGACAUCUUAUUUUGAGAGCACGAGAUCUUACUUUGGUCGCACGACAUCUUAUCACGAGUUUACGAAAAUCUUAUCUCGAGCGUACGACAUCUUACCUCGAGUGCAAGACAUCAUAUCUCAAGUGUACGGAAUCUUAUCUUGAGCGCACGACUUCUGAUUUCGGGAGAACGACGUCUUAUUUCGAGCGCACUGCAUCUUACUUCCAGAGUACGACAUAAUGUCGAGUUCGAGAUAAGUGCGUUUCCUUAACAUACCAUCAUAUUUUCAAUGCAUAUAAUUCUGAUGGUCAAUUAAAUAUCUAUUCCAAUCAUACUUAUAUUUUGGGGUACACAAAACCCUUAUUUUUCGAAAUCAGCUGACGGAGUAAUAUAUAACAAAUGAACAUUUAUAAAGUGGGGCAUAUUUGUUCUAGUUUUUCAAGUAUCUUUUUUCUCUCUAAUAUACUGUUGACCUCUUUUUUCAUAUACUUUGUGAGUUUGUCUGUUUGCUGUAUUAAUUUUGUUGAGUUGUAAUCUUUAUGCCAUAGUUUGUAGCUAUUUUUCAACACAUAUAAUACCCAUCAUUACAAGAAAAUUGGCGUAAUUUCAUUUGUAUUUGAUUUAUUACCUUAUAAAAUGUGUCUGUA